AUGUCUGUGCUCCGCACGUCGCUCACUGGGCAGCAGCGCGAGGUGGAGGAGCGGCUUCGGACGGUCUGUCUGCUCCUCUGCGGCCUGGCGGUUGUCGCAGCCGGCCUCUACUACCUCAAGGCGAUCCUCAUCCCGCUCGUGCUCGCUGUCUCGCUCAUGUACAUCCUUCAGCCGCUCAUCGACUUUCUCACGCGCCGCCCGCUCCUCUGCUGCGGCCGGCGCUGCUGCGUCCAGCGUCCGAACCUCGACGGCGUGCCUGCGUGUCUGCGCCCCGUCGCCGAGAGCUGCCUGCUGGUGCGGCUGCCGUACUGGCUUGCCGUCUGCGUCGCGCUGGUGGUCGCCUGCGCCGUGAUCGCCUUCUUCGGCUUUGUGGUCGCCGACUCUGUGCGCACCUUCUCCUCCAAGGCGACCGAGUACACCGCGCGGGUGCAGCUGCUCGCACGGACGCUGGUCAGCUGGCUGGACGACAUGCAGAUCAGCUGGCAGCACUACAUGACGUCGCCGAGAGGCUCGCUCGCGCACGCCAACGCCACGGCGGCGGCGCCGCUCAUCGACCCUGCCCGCAUUGAGGAGCUCGCCAAGAAGGUGCCGGUCGGGGACAUGAUCCUGUCGCGGCGCAACAGCGCGUUCGGGGUGAGCACCUCUGCCCACGGCGACGCGGCGAUCCGCUCCUACCUGAAGAGCAAGAUCGGCGUCUCGAUACUGGUCGGCCUCGCCACCGCCGUCUCGCUCGCCGCACUGGGCGUGGACCUCUGGCUCGUCUUUGGCUUGCUCGGCUUCUGGCUCAACUUCGUGCCCACGGUUGGCACGCUGGUCGCGGUGCUGCUCCCCAUGCCGGUCGUGCUGCUCGACGAGCGAUUCGGGCCGGUGCAAGUCGUCCUCGCCCUGGCGCUCCCUCUGGCGGCGCACGGCUUCGCUGGCAACGUGCUCGAGCCGAUGCUCUUUGGCUCGACGCUGCGGCUGCACCCCGUGGUCGUCCUCCUCUCGCUGAUGACGUGGGCGGCGCUCUGGGGCGUCACCGGGAUGGUGCUCGCCGUGCCGAUCACCGCGGCUGCGCAUCCCAGCGCCGCUGGAGCCGAGGACCAGCGCACGCCCCUCGCCAGUGCGCCGCCGUACCAGUCUCUCGAUCUGUGGGCUAGCGAGAAUGUCUGAUGAGUGGCGGGGCUGGCCAUCUGCGAGCGCACACCUCUGUGAGAACUGAAUCGCGCGCGCCACACAAGACGCGAGCUGGAUGCAGUGGGAGCAGGGCCUUGCAGGGUCUACACACUACAGGGCGCGUGGGCCAGCGCUGCAUGUGUAUUGUGCCCCAUUGAGAUACAACCAUGCGCUUCGUGGCC